AUGCAAUCAAAAUCAUUAUCAAUGAAAACUGUAAAUUUAUUAUUUCCUGAAUUAAACGAAUCGUCGAAACAUCAUCAUAGACUCGAACAUGAUCUUGAUCGUCAACCAACAUUUUGUAUUCGCCGUCAUCGUGCUAUACUCGAAAGUCUACUGCCUUCUCAGCAACCGUCAGAUAUUGAUGAGGUUCUUGGAAACCAUUUAGAAUUAAACUCUUUAGCUCGCGCUACCUAUGGAACUAAAUCAUCUCGAGGAGUUUCAUUCCAUCCGAAACCCUUGAACUUUAAGAAAUCCAUUCCUGAAGUGACAAUCAAACAUAGUAUAACAAGUCAAAAAUUAUCACAUCCUCUUCAAAUACCAAUAUGGACGCCGCCGUUACCAGAAAACGAAGAAAUCUCAACUAAAAUAUCACGUUCAAGAGCUCAUACAUUAAAACAUUCUCAUAAAUCUGAUCAUCAAUUAAAAAGACGAAAAUCUAAUUUAGAUACAAAACAAAAUUCUAUCUCAGAACUAAGUACAUCGACAAACGAAGAUUUAGUACCGUUGAGAGUAACAACUGUUAAAGAUCUAUUCGAUGAAUGGGAAAAUCUUGAAUCAAACGUGACAAAUCAAUCAGACGGUGAUGAAUCGCUCGUCGUACAUUGUGAUAGUCCAUCGUUAACAUCAACUCCUCAAAAUAAAACUCAACACUCAGAUAUUUUUACAUUUUCAACUUCAAUAUCGAAUCAAGAACUCUUGUCUCUUAUAUUAUCGAAUGAUAAUCCCGAACCCAAUCGAGCAAAGGCAACGAACUCACGAAUGCAUUCAUAUAAUAAUCUUUUACCACCAGUCUUUGAAGAUAUCAAUAAUGAAGAAGCAUUCAAUGAUAUCUGUUAA